UACACAACCCUUGUCAAUCAAAACUCUCUUUUCAUUUAGUAUUGGGCGAGAGCAGUUUUGAGAAAAAGGCGGUGGGACUUUCUCAUUAGAUAUUACCAAACAUGGAUAUUUAAAUCAAAAAGUCAGAAUGAAAUAAAUGUUUGGAAUUUAACUUCAAAAGACUGACAAGUCUCUAGAAAAUUGUCAAAUCAAGAAAAAAAAUGUGUCGGAAAUAAGGAACUUUAAGUGUAAUAGUCUACGAAUUCUCAAACAAAAAUUGAACUUUAGACUUGAGCUAAUUUUUCGAAUCAACCAUGAAAUUUUCGAAAAUACUGUAUAUAGUGACUUUAUGUUUGGUCGGAUCUGCAACGGCUCAGAAAUCCUCCAGUUGGAUGAAAGGUUUUGAUAGUUUAUGGAAUUUAAUAGCCGACACAACACGACGAUCUCUUGAUGGAGUUACAAAAUCUACUGGUAUUGAUCUCUUCGGAAAGAAUGGUUUGCUUUCAAAAACCAUGAUGAAGCCAACCCCACCGGCGUUAUAUGAUAUGCCACCGCAAGAUUAUCCACCUACAGAACCAAACUAUGCUGACUUUGGACAUGGGCCGACUCAUCCACCUGAUAUUCUGAUGCAACGAGACCCUCAACCGUUGCUACGAGCUGCAAAAAGAGCCCUCACAUCACAGUUUACAUGUUCUAAGGAAUAUGCUGCCCUUCCGGGUCACACUAUGUGUAUGAAUGAUAAUCCAAAUGUAGCAGAAAGUGGCAUCUCUGAGUUAGACAAAGUGCUGGUUUUGAGACAUCAUAACAGAUUACGUGGUCAGGUUCAGCCUCCAGCUACAGACCUUGUUAAACUAAAAUGGGACGAUAGACUUGCAGUCGUUGCACAGAAAUGGGCGAACCAGUGUGAAGCAGGACACGACAAAGAAAGAAAUGUUCCAUCAAUAGGAAUGACUAUUGGACAAAACGUAGCAGGUGGUUAUCGUUCUUGGAAGAAAGCUGUGCAGAUGUGGUAUGACGAGAUUACGAUGUGGAAGUACGGGAUCGAACCAGAUUCUUAUCUCGGUCACGAGGGAUGGAAGAAAAUUGGACAUUUCACACAGAUGGUGCAGAAUGGUACCUACUUAGUUGGUUGUGGCUAUGCAGUGUGUAAAAAUUCUAUGUACAAGCGUUAUUACGUCUGUGAUUAUGCUGCAGGACAGUCUAACUUGGCAAUUCCUUACACAACUGGUCCAAGAUGUUCCAAAUGUCCUCAUUCUUGUGUGAAUGGACAGUGCGACUGCAAAGGAACAGUAUGUUAUAAUGGUGGGAAACUUGAUCCAGAUACUUGCCAUUGUAAAUGUACCAAAGUAUACAAAGGAAGAACGUGUGAGGAAUUGAACUGUCCAGCCGAGGAUGCCUUUGUUUGUGGGAGAGAUUGGCCUCAGUCAUACUGUGAUAGAUUCUACAACGUCCCAGACGAAUGCCCUUACAUGUGUGGAAGAUGCAAAGGAGGGUCAACAAGUGCAUUAAAGCCACCGACGACUUACACUUCAGCUUUUGGAUGUACAUUCAAGGGACGAAGAGCGAGCCCUAAGGAAUGUUCAAAAUAUGGCGACCACGGUCAAGACAUUCAAAACUGUGCCUCACAAGGGGGUAAUGUAGGAUGCAGUGAUUGUGCUACCUACUACAAUGUCAAACGUGACAUGUGCCCAGUCAUGUGUGGAUUCUGUGAUGCUCCAUGUGGUGGAAAGAUGUGUCAGAAUGGCGGAAGUCUGAAUACAGCCACAUGCACGUGUACAUGUGUUCCUCCCUAUAAUGGACCCACAUGCGCAAAAGCAAAAUGCCCUGCCCAAGAUGCAGCUCAUUGCAAAUGGUGGCCGAAAUCGCAUUGCCGUACCUACUACAACGUGCCCCAGGAAUGCCCAAGGAUGUGUGGUAUAUGCUAAUCGGUACACCAACAGAGGCAAGGAAGAAAUUCGGAAAAUAAUGUAUUUCUCAUCAGAUGUGUGGUCAGUUCUUCAGACAAACUAUUAUACACAACAUUCAUGUCAUGAAGAUUUUUUUUAAAUGUCUGGUGUAUUCCAAGAAUAUUUAAACAUGUUUUAUAGCUAGAUAAAGUUGACCUUAAGUGUUGAUUUGUGUUUUGAUAUGUGCUAAAAUAUUAUUUAUUGUGAUAAUUAUGUACACAAUCUGUUGUUCA